UCGUGGUUUCUUUCGAGGAUAUUUCUCUGAUCUCCUUUCUUUUUGAAAAAGUGUGUUGUUAAGAAAUGGCUUCAGGUGACGAUCUUGGACUUUCUUUCUUGGACUUGCCAGACAAUUUUGGUGCUCUCACGGACGGUGUGGGGAAUGAACAUAAUGACUUUGGUGGACUUGUACCUUUCUCUGCCACCACAAGUGAUGUGUUCACUUCAUCACUAAUGGAGAAUUUAAACAUUGAUCAAGGGACAUUGACAACAACCCCAAGCUUUGAUCAAGAGACAGCCAUAGUCCAACAGAAUCAAAGCUUUCAUCAAGAGACAGCCAUAGUCCAACAGAAUCAAAGCUUUCAUCAGGAGGAUGAUUACUCUCAGUAUUUCAACACUGGUGCAAGCUUUAAUGACAUGUCGUCUUCUGUAUUCAGCGUUGGCCAAGGAGAAAAUGUGUACUAUGGGAAUUGUGUUCCAACCUCGAGCAAUACAAUGAUGACCAAUGAGCUACAGCAGCAAUCAAUCCAUUUACAAAGCAAUGGACAUCUAGAGCAAAGUUAUCAACAAGCUUUUAUGUCCCAAACAAUUCCUGAUUUCUCUACCGAGCCAUAUCUUUCAACAAUGGUGAUGAGUAAUAUUCAAGAAGUGGAGAAUAUUGCUAACGAACCCACAAAUCUCAAUCUGAUUCAGCAUGGCCUUCAAGAUCGUCAGUUUCACCCUCCUUCGUAUCAGGAGAAUCAGCUUGAUCACAACGGGUUACUACUUGAACAGCUCGUGCGUAUCCAUGAAAAGGAUUAUCAAAUGCAGCUACCAAAAUUCUCUAACAUGUCCUCUACCCCAACAUCAGUGGGGACAUUGCGAAACAACCAAUGCCUAGUUCCUUUUGCCUCGACUCCAACGAAUCAAGCGUAUCGUCCUCCCAUGAUUUCCAACACCCUUACACUACAGAAUUCAGGAAACUACUCACCAUUUACGCAAACCUCAUACCAGCAUGACUCAUUAGCUUAUGCCUUCCAAAAACCAACCCCUGCCCCUCCUCGCCGUCCCCGUGGAAGACCCAGGAGAUAUCCAAAUGCUGUGCCUUCAAGUGUGAGGAAUACUACACCAAACAACAUGUCUUUGGUACCUACAACUCAAACUCUCUUAACCCCUCCCUGCAGGCCUUAUUUCCCACAAGACAAGGGAAAACAACAUGUUACAGCAGGCACAUCAUCAAUGCCGUCUAUGAACCCAACUCUCUACAGUCAGUACCAAAAUUCUCACACAGAAACACUGUUCCAACAGAGUGGAGGUUUAAGACAACCCAGUUUCUAUGGCCAAUUUGAAAAUGAAGGUUCUUCGUCUAAAAGAAGGAGGAUCAUGUUACCGUUUCAAGAAACAAGUGUAGCAGCUUCGUCGGAUAUAACUCCUUGGCAAGAUGGUAAUACGACUUCAAACGGGGCCAGUCAUCAUCAAGAAAGGCUAACAAAUACAGUAUACGAUCCGCGUUAUGUAGGUGCUGGAUUACCCAUUGAUCCUCAUUUGAGGUUCUUUUGAAAAGUUUUGUAUUGAAAAUGGAUUCGCUAGCAUAAUCUUGCAAGUGUGAAGAACCAGUGUGGUCCAAGUCUAUUAGAAGGGAAACGUAUCUGAGACCUAUAGACUAAAUCAGAAUCCAUUGGUCUGUAGUACUAGUAGUGAUUAUGUUGAGCCACCUUCUUACAUGUAAUCCAAUUUUCUUUUUUUUUUUUUUCUUUUUUUA